AUGUCUCAGAAUAACACCGGAGAGGUGUUCCAAGGCGGCGCCACCACAUCGCAACACGUAGACGCUGAGGAUGACGACCAUUUUGAGAAUACCACCUUCAAAUUGAAACGGACCCGGUCUCUUGGCCUCUUGGACGAAUUCAUCGAUCCUGAGAAACAGGAACAAAGAAUCGAGAAUCACAACGCCGAAAUGGAGAAACUGGCCCCUUUGGUGGCUCCGUCUUCUUCAACUACGGUCACUGUACCCGACUCUACUAUUUCAGACGUUCCAGGCUCCAGCUCGGAAGAACCACCUUCUCAGUCCUCCGUCACCACACCAACGCCGCCAUUCGUCCGCAGCCCGGAGAUGAUUCCCCACGAUGACUCAGACUUGGUGGCCGAACCUUCCCGCCAUGUUGACUACUUGUCGCAUCAGUGGGAUGUGGAGGAUAUAUCGAAGUCGUGGAGAUAUGUGAUUCUGCGUCGGAAAAACGUGGCUAAUGCCGCCCGAUUGGAAAAUGCAUCAUGGCGGACAUGGGCCCAGCGUAGAUCGCACCUCAAGACCAUUAGUCCGGAAGAAGUCAACUGGCUGAAGGAGAGUGACGUCACUUGGCUUUACGGCCCCAUUGUAGACGAUGACGACCAUGACCAUGACCACGACCAAGACCAUCCAUCCAACGCCUCCCAGACAUGCAAUACUGCCAGCAGUGUUGUGGCUGGAGACAUAUCCAUUGCACGCAAAAACCACGGGCCCAAGCCUAUCUUAAAGAAACGUACUGUCGAAGACAUGAUGAUCAGUCACCUGAACCUAUUAAAGCUCGAGGUGGCUACGGCGAGAGCCGAACAGGAACAGAGACGCAGAGAGGAUGCGGAAGCUCAAAGACGCCGAGAAGCACAGCAAAAGAGUGGUGUUUCUGAGAGACCUCCGGAGUAUUUUGACUACGAUGUCAUCUCUGCAAAGCUCAACUCUCAAUAUAAGAACUUUUCACAGCAAAGUUCUGCAAACAACAGUGCUAUUAAUUUGGCUGCAAAAAAUCAUUCGGCUGUUGCGCCAGCAGACUUGUCAUCCAAGUUGGAGAAGGUAGCAUCUGAUCAGAAUGAAGCUGAGGAGCCGGAGCCUGUGUUGACUCUGCUGAUUCUCCAGCAUAGUCUGUCUGGGCUGACGUCUUCCAUCUCAAAGGAGAAGCGCCGUAUCCAUUUUAACGACGAAGUGCAACAAUGUAUUGCAGUCGACGAAUAUUCGAGUGAUGAGGAUGAAUAUGAUGAUUAUGAUGAAGAUGAUGACGACACUGAGUACGACUACGGUGAAAGUGAAAGUUAUAUUUAUGAAAAUCAACAGAGCGGAGAAAGUCGAUCAGAUUAUGAUGAACCGGCGGACAUUGAAGAUGAUGAAGAUGAAGAUGACGACGAUGACGAAGGCGGAUUUUUCUUACGUGUUAGGUCCCCUUCAUCCGCAUCCAUGGCUGGCUUCGCGCUUCCAGGUUUGUCUUCAUCCAGCAAAGAUUCGCCUAAAGAGAAUGAAAACAGCGAAGACACCGAGUCGAUAUCUACCAAUAACUCUAAAGUCUACAAAACCAUUCACUUGUUGCCUCCAACAACCUUGAACUAUGGCUCUUCCGACGAAGAAAGUGAUGAAUCUAAUCCAUACACAUCUAGUUUGUCUCACAAUGUGGACAACAGUGUUAGAGGCUAUGACUACUAUUAUGACUAUAAUAGUGUUUAUCAGGUCGAUCCAAACCACGCUAUCUACGGAGCAAAGAAGGCCCCUGACGUUGUUGAUGUCCCUGAAAACAUUACCUUGGGAUCCAACUUCGACUAUGAGAUCAUCGAGAACGAAAAUGCUGACAACUUUGACUAUGCUCCAUUGGAGAUUGUGGGUCACUCACAUGCAAACACUACUGACAGCACGGCUGCUUCUGGCGCUACUAUAAAUCUGAGCGACAAGGAGCGCUUGCCUAUUUCAUCAUUGGAUGAUUCAGCUGUAUAUCCUGUGAGACCAGUCCCAUUGUCAAUGGAUGCGUCAGAUUCGUCCUCAGAAGAUGAAGAGGAAGGUUUGUCCAUACACACGAAGAAUUCAAGCCAGUCGUUAGCUCAGCUGGUUUUUGGUGGACAAGGAAUGACGGCAGCAAUUUCUAAGCAAGAAACGGACCACUUUCCAAAAGAUUUCAUCAAGGAGAGAGAGCCUGAAGCAAGACACAUCUCCGAAAUUAACCCUAGGUAUUCGUCCACAGAGCUUUCCAAGCAGCCACAUUCUUCCAGUUCGCUCUCAGACCAAUUUUUCUCUACUGGAAUGACACCAGCAAAAAACAGCGCAUUAGCCGAUCUGUUUUUUAACACACAAGACCUGCCAGAAAGCACGAGUUCUCCGUUGUCGCCCUCAUACAGCGGGACACAGUCACCUCCAGUGCAGCCCAAGUCGUCGCCGUUGCCCCCACACACUACAUCAGCUAACGCAUUCCUGGGACGCAGCACACCACCACUCAGCAAAAAGGAAAGCAAAAAAUCGUUUAUCUUCGACUCAGACAGCGAAUCGGAAGACGAGUUUAUUGAGAACGUGAACCCUCCUUCAUCCACUGCCAGCAAUGACAGCACAACGUACGCAUCCUUAUACGCAGUUGCUGACCGCAACGGCAUCCCAGUGUCUCCUCCAGAUUCUGAAGAGAACCAAAGACAAAAGAAGGGUCUGGCCAUGGCCAACUUCUUAGGAGGUUGGAACAAAGGCAGUUGA